AUGUCUGACGCUGUUCCUGCUACACCUCCUGCUGCCCCUGCUACAACUGCACCUCCUAAGAAGACUAAGGCAGCCAAACCCAAAGGAGAGAGAAAGACUAAGCCAGUUACUCAUCCAGUGUAUGGAGCCAUGAUUCAAGCCGCUAUCAAGGAGUUGAAAGAUCGCAAAGGAGCAUCUAAACAAGCUAUUUUGAAGUAUAUAAUCCAGAAAUAUAAGGUUGGAGACAAUGAGAAACAGAUAAAUGCCAGGCUUCGAGUUGCCCUCAAGAAAGGCGUAAAAGAUGGCCAUUUAAAACAAGCUUCCGGAACAGGAGCUGCAGGACGAUUCCGCUUAGCAGCUGAUAAGGCAGAAAGCCCAGCCAAGCCCAAGGUUGCAAGAAAGCCAAAAGCUGCCACAGAGGUGGCUAAGCCGAAGACGGCCGCUGCUAAGCCUAAGACACCGAAAGCCAAGAAGGAAAAAUCUGCUAAGUCCCCUAAGAAGGCUGCAAAGCCAAAGGCCAAAUCCGCGAAAUCCCCGAAAAAGACUGCAACCCCCAAGAAGAAAGCUGCACCAAAGCCAAAGACGGCGAAGAAACCAGCAGCAAAGAAAGCCGCCCCACCUGCAAAGGCCUAA